UUUAUUGGAUCCAAUAAAUUAAUCAAAUUUCUCUCUCACUUUUCCCCACAGAUGAAAGUGUCUUGUUUCGAGCUUACUUUUUUUUUUCCCUCGCACAACAUUACGUUAGAGAAGAAUAUGGAAAGAAUUACAAUAUCAUAUUCUUAAUAUCAAUAAAUUAAUUUCUAAAGAAAUGAAAAUGUAUAUGAAGAAGGUUUAUUUAGAGGCUAGAUCAAGACCAAGAGGAACUACUGAAAAUUGUAAUGAGGUUAAACGAAAUAAUCAAGCUAAUAGUAGUAAUGAGAAUGCAAGACGGAAUGAGGUAAUUACAAAGAAGGAAAUACAAAGUUUCCUUUGCAAUUGUAAUCCUUAUAGAAAGAAUCUUGGUAGCUGGUUGUUUAAGGUUUUGGUGAUAUUAUUUAUAAUUACAAUGGCAUCAAAGAUUUAUCUUCUUAAUAGUUUUCAUGAGUUGUAUAUAAGAGAGAAAGAAUUUAUUUUCCCUCUCAUGGUGAUCAACGAGACGAGGAGGACUAGUCUUGAGGAGCGACAUCAAAAUUUCACAAGUACAAAAAAACUUAUGCCUCAAAAUAUCCAGGCACAUGAAAUUUGGAGACCAUCUAUUCAUGGACAAUAUUAUAAAUGCAACCAAAAUGCAAAGAAGGAAAUAAGAACAAAAAAUGCAACAAAUGGAUACAUUAUAAUAACGGCAAAUGGUGGUCUAAAUCAAAUGAGAGUUGGGAUUAGCGACAUGGUAGCCGUAGCAUACCUCAUGAAUGCAACUUUAGUGAGACCAAAACUUGAUCAUAACUCAUAUUGGAAAGACAAAAGUGAAUUUGCUGAUAUAUUUAGCUGGGAGCGGUUUAUCGAGGUCCUCAAACAUGAUAUUAAGAUAGUUGAAGAAAUUCCACCGGAGUUUCAAAGAAGGAAAUACUUAGUUAAAGCACCAAUUUCAUGGUCAAAGGCUAAUUAUUAUAAAUGGGAGAUGUCAAGAUUACUCAAGAAAUACAAGGUGAUACAUUUUAGCCAGACAAACUCACGUCUUGCUAAUAAUGGUCUUUCUGGCUCAAUCCAAAGAUUGCGAUGUCGUGCGAUGUUCGAAGCUCUUGAAUACACAAAUGAAAUUAAGUUACUUGCUAACAAUUUUAUCAGGAGUCUACGACGAAACGAUAAUCCUUAUAUUGCACUUCAUUUGAGGUAUGAGAAAGAUAUACUAGCAUUCACGGCAUGUACUCACAACUUAACUUUCAACGAGGCAAAGGAUCUUACAAGUAUGAGACGUCACACAACACAUUGGAAGGAAAAACGUAUAAAUGGUAAACAAAUGAGAUUAGAAGGAGCAUGUCCAAUGACUCCAAGAGAGGUUUCUAUAUUCUUCGAGGCAUUGGAAAUUCCAAAUGACACCGUAAUUUACAUAGUUGCUGGCGAAAUUUACAGUCACAGUGGUGUUGAACCUUUACGUUCAAAGUAUCCAAACUUGUUUGAUCAUACAAGUUUAUCCAUCGAACAUAAAUGGACAUCUUUUCAAGGUCAUAGUAACAAACUUGCUGCUGUAGAUUACAUGGUUGCUGUUGAGAGCGAUGUAUUUAUUUAUACUUAUGAUGGACAUAUGGCAAAGGCAGUAAAAGGUAAUAGGUUAUAUGAAGGAUUUCGGAAGACUCUUACCCCAGAUAUAAAGAAUUUUGUGAAGCUUAUCGAUCUACUAGAUAGUAAACAUCUAUCUUGGGAAGAAUUUUCUUCCAAGGUCAAGCAGUUGCACAAAGGAAGGAUAAGUGAUCCUACUUUUAGACAAGUUGGGCCUACUCCACGAGCAGAGGAAAAUUUUUAUGCAAAUCCAUAUCCUGGAUGUAUAUGUGAGAAAUUUAAAUGAUGUAAAAUCUAUAUGAAAUUUUUUUCAAAGUAAUAAUGACUUUUAAGUGGUACGUAAUUAUAAGCAAUCUUUUUUUUUUGGUGAAAAACAAAUAUUUUACUUCGUAAUCAUAUCUAUUUGAUGAAAAUGCAAUCAAAGUGUUCU